AUGUCCCAGGCUAUGACCCUCGAGCCCUCUCCGGUGGACCUGGACCGGACCAUGGCACCGUCAGAACACAACGGACUUGGCGCCGCAUACGACCACUACCGAUUUGACAACGCCCUGUCCUCCUCACAGACACCUGAUACACUAGACGCUUCAUCUGGUCCACCACCUCGGGCGACAGCAAUCACCCACCCGCAAGAACCAUUCGUCCAGCCUUUGUCACAUGGACAACCCGUCCACACUUACUCUCGUCCCGAGUCAGUAAAUCCCGCCGUCCUGCCACCGCCGCCACCACCACGCUCGUCGACGCCCCUUCAUAGCCCAAGGAGCACCAGGUCUCAGAGUCUAGCCGCUUCUCUUGGGAGCCAGUCACCCAUCCGGCGCAAGCCUCUGAGUCCCACGGCCUCGCCAUUGGCCGUUCGUUUCUCAUCUAGGAGCUACCACAUGAAGUCUCCUGACCUGCAGGAAGAGCCCGACUCUGGUUUCUAUUCCCUUGAUAGCCCGGACUUAUAUGACUUGGGCCCAGCAGAGGGCCCAGCUCCCGUAGCCUCGCUGCCCACGCCCCUCGAGUCUCUGUCCGAGGAAGAAUUCCUGGGCAGGUGGCCGACACCCCCGACCGGGCCUAUCACACCGGCCGCACUGGAGGUUCGAAACAUUCCAGACGUCAGCCCUGCACCACCUCAAACGGACGAUUUGACACAGCCCAAGCAACCAGCAAGUGCUUCAGACGUCACUCUGGCCACUCAGGGUCCGGACCAGCCCAACGCGGAACCGCCCAGUUCCAAUCAACAAAAUUCUAGCAGUAGCAUGUCUUUGUCGUCCCGGCCGCCUAUGCCCCCACAGCUCGAUCUUGAUUAUCGAAACUCAAUCUCGCAACAACAGCACACGGCCUCUCCGACUCUCGACAGACCACCAGACAGCGCAUCCAGUCACGCCAGCCACGCCAGUCUUAACAAACCAUUGCCAAAAUCGCCCCCAAGAUCACCAGUCGGCUCAUCAAAACUCAGCAACUUCUUCGGCUGGGGAGCACCAUCGCCGUCCGACACCGACCGGUCCAAGGACAAGAACUAUUCUCCGAUACCCUCGCCAGUGUCACCGAAGCGCAACGGAUAUUCCGAUGAAUCUCCAGUGUCGACAAGGGACCCAAAUUCUACGCAAGCACAUACACACGAGGGCAACGCCCUCGGAUACGUCGAGGCAUAUUUUCCCACACCACCGAAUUCCUAUACGCUGGUCUCACCGGUUGUCGAAAUCGAGGAGAUGGAGGAUGAGCUGAAAGCCAUCAGCGCCGAAUUGGCCUCGUCCAUUCGGCGCGAGAUGGACCUAGAAGACCUGGUCGACAGGUUACAAUCGGAGAUUGCCAACCCGCAAGCACCUGGGAAGAGGACCAGUGAUUACUUCUCAGACUCGGGUUACAGCACGGCCAAGUCCGGCGAGUUCGAGAAUCCCAAGGACGAGAUCUCGACCAUCCAGCGAAAAGCAGAGCAGGAGAAGGCGCAGCUCCGGCUCGAACUUACGACCAAGCUUCAGGAGGAAAGGGGCCGCCGCAAUGCGCUCGACCAACAAAUCAAGGAGCUUGCCGACAAGGCCUCGCAAGCCGAUGCCGCGCAGAUGACCAGCAAGGACGCCGACGCCAGGGUCAAGGAGCUGGAAAAGUCGUGCGAGGACCUCCGUCGCAGACUAUCUGAGGAGCGGCAAGUCAAGGAUAACUUCGAGGACCUUCUCACCGCGCUCAAGGGCGAACUGCAGAAUGCUGCACUGGAGCGAGACAACCUCCGUGACGAGGUUGUCCCACAACUGCGAGCACGCGUCGAGGGUCUCGAAGCGCAGCAGGCUGACAGCGAGAAGCUGGCCUACGAGACAACGAAACUACAGCAAGAGCUGCAGGAUAUCAAGGAUUCCAAGGCAAAGCACGACACGCUUGCACGGCUGAGGUCAAGCUCCGUCACAGGCCAGUCGUUCAAGCUCAGCCGUCCACCAUCUGGGCUCCACUCCAGCGGGCUCGGCAGGUCCAAUACCGUUAAGGGCGGCCACGUCGAGUCCAGAGACGUCUUAUCCGAGCGCCUGAAGGACGUCGAGGCCCAAAGAGACGCCCUUCACAGUGCUUUGAAGAAUCUGCUCGACAGGCAGGACUUUCAAAACCGGGAGAACGAGAAGAAGAUCAAACUGUUAGAAGUCGAGCGUGAUCGACUCUUGUCAGCAUCGCCCAGGAAAGCCGGUUUCGAUAGGGAGGUCUCAACCCUGCGCGAGGAGGUGAACAUAUUGCGGCGACGCGCCGAGGAAGCCAUUGAGCAGAAGUGGCAGGUCGAGAAAGGUCUGAUAGGAUUGAAGAGCGAUCUCGACAGGGCUGAAGAGGAGAUUACCUCGCUGAGGGCGCUACUGAGCGAGAAGGACAUCCUGAUACCGGACUCUUUCUCCCGUUACAGCAACAACUCGGCCACAGGCGCCCCGGGACUGCCAGCUACAUCGUCAUCACUGGAGAAGGCAUACGAAGACCUGCAGAAGUCAUACAAGGAAGCACUUGAGCGCAUCAAGGACCUUGAGAUUGGUGGCACCAGUGCUUCCCAGGACGAGAGGACCAGGCUCGCCAUGGAACGGCUUGAGCAGUCACUUGCAUCCGCCGUUCACGACCGCGACGACGCUCGUCAGGAAUCAGCGUCGCUGCAGAGCCAAGUCGACAGGCUACAGCAAUCCGAGAAGGACCACUUGGAAGGCGAGCGCGACCUGGCGGACCAACUCCGGGACUCGGCCAACAGGGUUGAGGAGCUCACACAGCAGGUCCGCGCUCAACUAGCCAUCAACGCCUCCCUGCGAAGCCGACUUUCCGAGACUGUCGCCAGGGGUGAGGCUGGCCAGAGGGCCAACAAGGAGCGGCUUGCCAGCAUGCAGAACCGCAUGCGGCAACUCGAAGAGCAGGUCGUUGCGGCGCAGACGGCCGCCGAGGAUCGUGUCAACCGCCACGAGGAGGAGAUUGGCAGGCUGCGGGAGUCGACCAGCGCCAACCUGCACCGGCUGCGCGACAGCAACACUGGAUUGCGAUCGCCCCGCCUGUUCCCUCCAAAGUCGCCCGUGUCGCCUCUCCUGUCACCAAACUCUGGUGGGAGAUUCCCCCGGAUGCUCAGCUCUCACUCCCGGAAGAGCUCGCGAAACCGCCCAUCCAGCUCAGGGAACGGCGAGGAGGAGGAGGAUACCUCUCAGGUCGAGACGCUGAAGGCCCGGGUGGCCGAGCUCGAGAAGUCUCUGGUCACUGCCGACUUUGAGAUGCAGGAAGUCGUGGGUAGGAUGAACACGGCUCAGAUCGAGGUCAUGACUCUCCAGGAGGAGAGGGAGACGGCCGCCCGCGAAACCAAGAAGCUCCAGAAGCUCCUCGAGGCCGAGAAGGUCAACGCCUUCCAGCAGCGCUUCAACACCAUCACCAACUAA